AUGACACAUUUGUACAUAGCAUCCUGGGAAACAACUCGGUUGCCAGGGAGGACAGACAAUGAGAUCAAGAACUACUGGAACACGCAUAUCCGAAAGAGGCUCCUUAAAAUGGGAAUUGAUCCGGUGACACAUGCUCCGCGAAUCGACCUUCUUGAUCUGUCCUCAAUUCUCAGCUCAUAUAUGUGCAACAAUCCAGCUGCUGCCCUUCUCAAUUUGUCAAGCUUGCUGAGUAGCACCCAGCAGCAGCAACCGCUUGUCAAUCCAGAGCUGCUAAGGCUGGCAACCAAUCUGUUGUCAAUCAAACAAGAAAACCCAGAAUUGUGUUCCCAAAACUAUAAUCUCCAUGAUCAAAACCAGCUCUGCAAUUCCCAGCAGCAAAAUAGCCAAGUGUUCUCACCUUUACAGUCCCAUGACCAGCCCCAAGAUCUCAUUCAAGGGGAUAAGAAUUUUUUUUAA